AUGUAUCAGAUGCCAGGCUGGGCAAGCCCCAAGCAUACCAGAUCAUUCACCCUGACGGGCGGGACUAAUGACCAUGGAGCUAUGCUUCUGGAUGAUCAUGUUCAGGAUCGCUGCACGCUAAUAGGACCAACGAGCGGCACACAACACCGCCUUUACCAUGGAACACAAUACGAUGUCCAUCGCACUAGGUUUAGCUCCAGGCAAACAUACCGCUCGUAUCUAGGAGGCUGGGACGGUCGGCUUCCUUCGCAUGUCAGGACCCUUCUUCUCAUCUCAUUUGCGCACGUCCAUGUCGAGUACGAAGAUGAGCAUGGAACCGCCUCCUUGGGAACCUUACUAAGAAGCAGUCAGGCUUCCAGAAGAGACACCUCGGCGUCCGAGCGUCUCCAGGCUUCUACUUUGAAUUAUGGGGUGGGGUUGGUGCAAUGCGACGGCGAAUGUGGGGAGCCUUAUGAUCCGGCGAGUGGGAAAACAAUUGAGCUGCGUCUGGAAUGCUGUCAGAGUAAAUUGCCAAUCGCCUUGCAGCAUCAAAUCAAUCGGAGGGUCCUGAUAGCCCGAAAGAAGCCACCAGCAGAGAUUAGCCUGUCAACCCUGGUUCGAAGCGCCGCAGACACGAUAGGUGCUGCUGGUGGAAUGAUGAUAAUGGAUGACCGGUAUCAGACCACAAGUCCGGUUGAUUCUGCCGGAUGCGGAAUCGCAGAUAAGCCCGGUACUGCACCAGAAGGCAUGGCUGAUAUCCACGGUUACUGCAAGGGAGUUUCUCACUACCUUCUAGCUGCGUAUGAUAUGCAGGCGAGAAAAUCAUCUUCUAUCCAGGAACAAUCAAACUUUGAAGGAGUCAAUGACCCGGCUGGCAACACCUGUCCGUUUGGUGUCGACACUAGUUUACUAUCGCCUAAAAGAGACAAAAGCUCGCAUAUUGAAGAUCUACGGGAGUGUGCUUCUGCAUCCCCGGCUGCUCUAACCAGGAUCGACUGGACUAGGAAAGAAGCCAGCCGGAAGGGGUUCCAGGAGAAGCCAACCAUGAGGGGAGCAAUGCACUUUCACAAUCCUGAACAGGUUUUUUGUGGACCCGGCCUGGUCAGCGGAACAGGCGCCAAACGCCUGCCUGCCAUGGCGCCAAUUCAAUCAGUGAUUGGUGGAGUGAUUGCUCAGCUGGGUCACCAGCUCGUUUUGGGUUUAGAUCCGUCACCGGGACACCGUCUCUGUCAAUGA